GUGUGUGUGUGUCAGAGGAGCUGGGGGAAUUUCACACACACUCAGAGGCAUGGAGCUGUAUUCGCCUUAACCUGGACAACACAAACACAACACUCAGGCAACAAGUUGCGCAAAAUGAUCUAAAGGACAAACCGGGCUUUACGCUGGAAUUCAGGAACCAGGAAAUAAUCAGAUCCGUUUAUUUUCUACUUUUCAUUUUAAAAACCCGUAUAAAAAGUAAAUAAAUUUGAGUUAUAGGAUUGCUAACGGAUAAUGCAUUAUAAGUUCUAAGCCUUCGCCUUAUCACUUUCCUAAGCGGUGCGCACUGUGCUGCGUUCAACUGCUCUACUGUUUUGGCUAAAGUUUAUUGGUGAAGAGUUGUCGUGGUGUUUUUCUUUGUUUGUUUUUAUAAAAAGCAAAAAAAUAAAUAAAAGCGCAUUAUGGCCGAGCACGAAAGUUUGGAGUUUGGAAAGGCGGAUUUUGUUCUUCUGGACAAUGUGUCUUUGGAAGAGUUUCUGGCCAACCUUAAACUCAGGUUUGAAAAGGGUCGCAUUUACAGCUACAUCGGUGAGGUGGUGGUUUCGGUGAACCCUUACCGUGCCAUGAACAUCUAUGGACGAGACAUGGUGGAGCAAUACAAGGGCCGGGAGCUGUACGAGCGCCCGCCUCAUCUCUUCGCCAUAGCAGAUGCUGCAUACAAAGCCAUGAAGAGACGAAAUAAAGACACCUGUAUUGUUAUCUCAGGGGAGAGUGGUGCCGGAAAAACAGAAGCCAGUAAAUACAUCAUGCAAUAUAUAGCUGCUAUUACAAAUCCUAGCCAAAGAGCAGAAGUGGAGAGAGUGAAAAACAUGCUUCUGAAAUCCAACUGUGUCCUAGAGGCUUUUGGAAAUGCCAAGACCAACCGCAACGAUAAUUCUAGCCGUUUUGGAAAAUACAUGGAUAUCAACUUUGACUUUAAAGGAGACCCCAUUGGUGGCCAUAUCAGUAAUUACCUGCUAGAGAAGUCUAGAGUGAUCUUCCAACAAGAAGGAGAGAGAAGUUUCCACUCCUUCUACCAGCUCGUGAAAGGAGCUCCAGAAUCUCUGCUGAGAACCCUGCACAUCCAGAAAGACCCUAUAGCUUAUAAUUACAUUAAAGUUGGAGGACAUACCAAGUCCUCUAUCAAUGACACUGCGGAAUUUAAAGCUGUAGCAGACGCUAUGAAGGUGAUAGGAUUCACCGCAGAAGAGAUCCAGACUGUCUAUAAGAUCCUUGCUACCAUCCUGCACCUGGGCAACCUCAAGUUUGGCACUGAUGGUGAUGUGACCCUUAUUGAGAGCUCGAAGUUAGUUGCAGUGAUUGGGGAUUUGCUAUCCACUAAAGAGGAGAAUGUGGAGAAGGCACUGCUCUACCGCACCGUGUCAACUGGCCGCGAUGUCAUUGACAAGCAGCACACCGACAAAGAGGCCAGUUAUGGCCGGGACGCUCUGGCCAAGGCCAUUUAUGAACGCCUCUUCUGCUGGAUUGUGGGAAGAAUUAAUGACAUUAUUGAAGUGAAGAACUAUGAUGCUAAAAUCCAUGGGAAGAACACCGUAAUUGGUGUGCUGGAUAUCUAUGGUUUUGAGAUAUUUCAAAACAACAGUUUCGAGCAGUUCUGCAUAAAUUAUUGCAAUGAAAAACUCCAGCAGCUCUUCAUUCAGCUGGUGCUCAAGCAAGAGCAGGAGGAGUACCAGCGCGAGGGGAUCCCAUGGAAACAUAUCGAUUAUUUUAAUAAUCAGAUCAUCGUGGACCUAGUGGAGCAGCAGCAUAAGGGGAUCUUUGCUGUGCUGGACGAAGCGUGUAUGAACGUUGGGACGGUGACCGAUGAGGUUUUCCUACAGGCGCUCAACAACAAACUGGCCAAACACGCUCAUUACACCAGCCGCAAGCUCUCCCCUACUGACAAGAGCCUUGAGUUUGACCGAGACUUUCGCAUUCGCCACUAUGCAGGUGACGUGGUCUACUCUGUGGUGGGCUUCAUUGACAAGAACAAGGACACCCUUUUCCAGGACUUCAAGAGGCUGUUGUACAACAGCUCGAACCCGGUUCUAAAGGCCAUGUGGCCAGAGGGAAAGUUAAGCAUCACUGAGGUCACCAAGCGUCCUCUCACAGCUGCCACACUCUUCAAGAACUCAAUGAUUUCACUAGUGGAGAAAUUGGCAUCUAAGGAACCAUACUAUGUUCGCUGCAUCAAACCCAAUGACGUGAAGUCCCCACUGCUGUUUGAGUAUGAACGCUGCAAGCACCAGGUAGAGUACUUGGGCCUGCUGGAGAAUGUCCGUGUGCGGCGUGCUGGCUUUGCUAACCGUCAAACAUACCCUCGCUUCUUACAGAGGUAUAAGAUGAUCUCGGAGUUCACAUGGCCGAACCAUGACCUGCCAUCGGAUCAGGAGGCAGUGAAACGUCUGCUGCAAGGGUGCGGCUUUGAGCAUGAUGUGGCCUAUGGCAAGACAAAGGUGUUUAUCCGUACACCACGUACCAUCUUCAGCCUGGAGGAGCAAAGAGCCCAAAUGGUGCAGAGGAUUGUCCUCUUUCUGCAGAAGAUAUGGCGUGGCACUAUUGCUAGGAUGCGCUACCGUCGUAUGCGGGCUGCACUCAUCAUUCUGCGUGCAUACCAGCGUUACAAAGUCAAGUCGUAUAUCCGAGAGGUGCACCGGCGCUUCCAAAACGUACGCAGCAUGAAGGAUCACGGCAAGCACGUGAAGUGGCCCACACCUCCCAAAGUGCUGCGCAGGUUUGAGGAAGCGCUACGAAACAUCUACAACAGGUGGUGGGCAUGGACCAUCAUUAAAAAACUGUCUCCAGAGGAGAUGUUACAGGUCAGGGCUAAAGUGGCAACUCUGGAGUGCCUAAAGGGUCAGAGGGCAGACCUCGGCCUGCAGAGAGCCUGGGAGGGCAAUUACAUGAAGCGGGAUAGUCCUGAUUCAGCAUCUUCCUUCACUUUGGUGUCCAGUGACCUGCAGAGGAAAGACAAGUUUAUGAGAGUCCUCUUCUCCUGCAAUGUUCGCAAGAUCAACCACUUUAAUAAGGCAGAGAACCGAGCAGUGCUGAUCACUGAUCGUCACCUCUACAAGAUGGACCCUCUGAAACAGUACAAGCCCAUGAAGAGCAUCCCACUGUACAACGUGACAGGUCUGAGUGUGUCCCCGGGGAAGGAUCAGCUGGUGGUCUUCCACACCAAGGACAACCGGGACCUGAUUGUGUGUCUGCAGGGCAUGGUGCCAGCGGGCGAGAGCCGCAUCGGAGAGCUGGUUGGCACCUUGCUCAGCCAUUUCAAAAGUGAGAAGAGGAAGCUCCAGGUGAAUAUUGUAAGCCCAAUUCAGUGCAGUAUGAAUGGUCGAAAGUGUACCAUCGUGGUGGAGCCCAAGAUCAACCAAUCACAACCUGACUUCACCAAGAGUCGAUCAGGCUACAUACUUGCAGUGCCAGGCAACUAAACCACAGCCGCUGUCAUCGAGUCCGGAAUUUCAACAUGUAAGCCAUACUUUGUUGGCUAGAGAAAGAACUUUCUCCAAAUCAGACAUCUAGAGGUUAAAAUCAAUGUCCCUGAUUUUCACAUUUCUAUUCAGUAUAAUCAUAAAACACAGGAUGAAUAAAAGAAGUCCUAAGUGAUUACAUACACUACACUUAAGAAGUGCAUCAGUGAUGUCAUGGUAGAUUUAUUUAUUUGCACUUUCAGCCAAAUAAAGGGACGAAUAUAUUUUAAAAAGCCAUAUUUAAAAAAAAACGCAAAAAGAAACAAAGCGCACCAAGACAGUCAUGAUGGGGUGCCAUCUUGGUCAAAAUACAAGCCUUAGGAAUAUGCUAAUAAGAUGUAAUAUUUUGAUAAUGCUGGAAAGUGGGUUUUUUUUUUCUUUUUUUUUUCUUUUUUUUUUUAUGGCUGUUAUUCUUGUUUAAGGAGAAUAUAGCAGGUUUCUCCUUAAACAAGUUUUAAUAUAGCAGACAUUUGGGACCUAGUGCGGCUAGAGUUUAGCUUUUUGUACAUCACAGGUCUUAGUGGCCAUAUAGGAAAUAUUUAGGCUUAUUCAGUGUAUGUUUUGUAGAAGGAUGUGUUGAUCAUAUCCAUAAACUUGCUGAGUGCUCAGAGAGGAGCAUAAAAAUCUCUCAUAACUUAAAUACUUGUCAUGCAUUUUUUCAGUCAUGAAACUUGCAAGAUGUUGUAUGUUGAUGUACAAGAAGAGAAAGUGAACCACAGUUUAUAUAAAUUGUAUAUUGUUUAUAUACAGUCACUUUUGUGUAGGAAAUUAAAACACGUUCUGCAGAGAACGUGAAUAUUUGCUUUUGUUUUCCAAAGAGCUGUUUUUUUUUUGUUUGUUGUUUGUUGUUUUAAAUCGAAGGAAGCCACAGUGUUUGUUGCUUAGUUCUUAACCUGCUCACACUUGAAAAUAUAAUAAUGAUCAAAGUUCUUCCUUGUGCAAUAUUAAUUCAAAGCAAACAUGUAGUGUGUUAGAUCUCACUUUUCACAUACAGUAUACAAAGAAAGACACUGUUUCAAAGAUCAGAAUAUUGCUGUUUGACAGCAAAGAACAUUCCUUCUUUUUUUUUUGAAGAAGAAGAAGAAGAAAGUUUUUCCUCACAAUCCACAAUGUAACGCCUUCGAUUAUUCAUAUUAAAUGCAUUAGUAUUGUAUAGUUUUACUGUAAAGUCCCAGCAUGUCUAACCUAGAUUUUGAGGUGGCUGAGAAUAGUAGUGAUAAAGUACUGAAGAAAUGUAAUGCUGGUCAUUCCAAGCUCCAUAUAUCAGCUUUAUAAUUACUCUUUAAUUAUGAGGGGCUUGAAGGUCUAGCACAUGUCUGUGGUAUAAUAUACACUAUGCUGAUAAUAACCUGGUCUUAUUGUGCUGUAGCAUUAAGCAUCGCUAAAUUUAGUGCCUUCUGUCAGUUACUUUAUUAAUAUUUAUAAGUGAAUGUACAGGCUUGGAGCCAGCAGAGUUGUUGUGGCUUUGAAAGGAAAAGGCUAAAUGUAAAUUUCCAUCAUUAGUUCCUUUUUUCAGCCUACACGCUCUUGACUGUGCUUUGCUGCUCACAUCCACUUUCGAAGGCUGGUUAAUUUUUCUUAGAUGGCUUUGCAUAUCAUCACCUGUACUAGUUUCCACACUAUUUAUCCCCAUACCAUGCCAACCCUGUCAUAAACAACACACGUUUCUGUCUGGUUUUAAGACAGCCCACUUUUAGCUUACAGAUUCGUUAUCAGACAGGUGCUACACACCAGGAUAACUCCCUGCUCAGGAGCAAAGGACCAAGCUUUUAUAGUGUGCUCUACAUCAGUGCAGUAUAUACAAUGCUCAUUCAAGCAUCCCACCAUUUUGCAUAUUGAACAUCAAAGAGGUUUAUUUUUGCCUCUGAUUUUAUUCUUUGUAUUUUUUUUUUUAGUUCUCUGUUUCUAAUAUCAUUUUUGUAGAAUCAGAAUGGAUAUUGAUUGAGAAAUCUUGUACCACUUUCCAACACCUUGUUAAAGAGUUAAGAUUGUAAUUUUGCAAAUUUUCUUAUAUUCACUCUUGAAAUUUAGUCAUGAUAUUCUCUUAUUCUUGUUUAUAUGAUCUUUGUUUCUGGGGUCUUCCUUAAGGUGAAUUUCUGUGAUUUGGUUCAAUGCUGAAAUCGUCUGAAUGUUUGUCUCCUGUUCUAAUCUGUAUAAUUUUGCUCUUCCACCUGAUAAUGUAUGUGCCUAAUUUUAUAUUUCAUUUAUUUAAUUAAUUCAUUGCUUAAUUUUGAUACACAGAUUUCCAUCAAGUAAAGAGGGAACAUUAUGAAUGUGUAUUUUUUUUUGAUGUUAGUCAUAAUUGGACAUUGAACUGGGCUUUUGAAUUGUAUAUUAGUGCUGGCUUUUCUUCAACACGUGACAACACAUUUCAUCAUCCAAACUCUAAAGAAAAGACGUUUUUAUUUUGUUAAGUAGCCGUAAAUCAAAAUGGCUUAAAAAAACAGAGACCUGCUCUAUUUUGUUGCCUAAUCUAUAAUAAUAGUCAAUUAUUGGGUAUAAUCAUAUAUGUUAUACCAAAUAUCACUGCUCAAUAAAUAUCCAGUACUUGAUAAA